AUGCAGUCCGAAUCGGGAAUAGUUCCCGACUUCGAGGUUGGAGAGGAGUUUCAAGAGGAGCCGAAAACGUAUUACGAACUGAAGAGUCAACCCUUGAAAAACAGCAGCCCGUCGGACCAGCACGGCUCCUCCAAGCCCCCGCUGAGCUCCUCGGCCAUGACAUCACGCAUCCUGCUGCGGCAACAGCUGAUGCGUGAGCAGCUUCAGGAGCAGGAGCGGCGGGAGCAGCAGAGACAACAGGCCUCGCAGUACCCACAAACCACCGCGGCCCAGACCCCUGCCAUCAAUGUCAGCGUCCCGGCCGGCUUACCGCCAGCUGCACAGGUGCCAAUGGAGGUGCUCAAGGUCCAGACUCACCUGGAGAACCCAACCAAAUACCACAUCCAGCGCUCCCAGCAGCAGCAGGUGAAGAGGUACCUGGGGAAGCUUGGCUCUCAGGUGUUGAGCUUGCCCUGCCCCAACCAGUCCUCUGACCACGGGGGCAUGCCGCCAGGGCCAGGCAACAGCGCCCCCAAUAGCCCUAUGGCCUUACUGACCUUGAAUGCUAACUGCGAGAAAGAGAUGGAUGAUGUCAUUGAUGACAUUAUUAGUCUGGAGUCCAGUUACAGUGACGAUAUCCUCGGCCUCAUGGAUCCAGGACUUCAGAUGGCUAACACGAUCCCCGUGCCUGCUAAUCUCAUGGACAUGUAUGGUAAUCAGGGUAUGUCUCAGCAAGGUCUCCCCAUCAGCAACUCCUGCCCAGCCAACCUGCCCAACAUCAAAAGGGAAUACUCUGUUUCACAAUCCCCAGCCAUCAUGCAUAUGCUGGAUAAGUCUGGAUCCUGUGGCAAAUUUGACAACUAUCAAAGGCCUGAAGGAUUCCCUGUGGAAGCUGAGGUAAGAGCUAUGGCAAAGGAAAGGCAGAAGAAGGACAACCACAAUUUGAUUGAGAGAAGACGGCGGUUUAACAUCAAUGAUCGAAUCAAGGAAUUGGGGACUUUAAUUCCAAAAUCCAAUGACCCGGACAUGCGCUGGAACAAAGGCACCAUCCUGAAGGCAUCAGUGGACUACAUCAGGAAGCUACAGCGGGAGCAGCAGAGGGCCAAGGAGCUGGAGAAUCGCCAGAAGAAGCUCGAGCAUGCCAAUCGACAUCUGAUGUUGAGGAUACAGGAGUUAGAGAUGCAGGCACGGGCUCACGGUCUGGCCAUCGCAUCCUCAGCACUCUGCUCUGCUGAACUCGGGGCCCGGACCAUCAAGCAGGAGACCGCUCUGGAGGACUGUCACCAGGACCUGUACACGCUCCACCCCCAUCACCAACACCACCCCGCCUGCACUCCAGAACCACCCGGCACCCUGGAGCUAAACGAAGGCCACUCUAACUUCCCCGAGGGCCACUACAGCGUUCACAGCAAGCCGGGCUCCAAACUCAACGACAUCCUCAUGGAAGACACCUUAUCACCGGUGAGAGGGGGGGACCCUUUGCUCUCGUCCGUCUCCCCGGACGCCUCGAAGGACAGCAGUCGCAAGAGCAGUGUAAGCAUGGAUGAGAAUGAGCAGGGCUGUUAGCACCCCCUACUGGAAGACAUCUCGUCUGCAUCUCCAACCCCUCCACCCUGCUGUCAGUAGCUAACACACUCCAAGCUGCUGGAGAGGCU